CUCCCCCUACAGUGCGCACUGUCGGGCAGUGGCUGCGCCGACCUUGUCCCUCAGCCCCGGAAGUGAUCGCGGUGUCGGUGAGACCGAGCUGCGGAGGCGCCGCGGGGACCGGACAAGCGCCGCGUGUUGCCGGUGGGGUGACAGGUGCAGCCGCCAUCUCAUCGUCCGACACACCGUUUGCCUGUCGCCCGCUAUCCUUCCGCCGGCUGCUUCCCAUGAAUCCGGCUCUGAUGUCCCCUCGGGGCUGAUCGUACCCCCGAGGCGGUGGUUCUGACAGCCGUGUGUCUGGUUCGGAGCCUCGUCAUGUCCUCUACUACCCGGGCCGGGCCGGCCGCCCUCACACUCGGUGGUCUGCUCGGGAGCCCAUGGGGGAGGGGUGUAUCCGCUGCGCGGUGCGAUCACGUCGCGAAAAGGCGAUUUCUUUGUCAGACUCGGCCCCAAACGCCCAGCCCCUUCUUUCCCAGUGUUAGAGAGGCCCGCUGGCUACUCGGAAGUUAGUUUCGGGAGUUGGUUACGUUGCACAGUAAUUGCUGGAGCUUUAAGUCUUCAGUUAGACAUCCUGGAAACGAUGCAGAGCGAAAUCUUAUUGGAACUUUGUUUUCCGACCUGUAUCUAGGUCAAGGUGGCCGCCGAAUGUGAAAUAAUUGAUUCUAAAACGGUGCCCCUUCUCAUUUGGAGCGGUUGCAGCUUGUCAAAGUAAGACUGACUCAUACUGGCAGACUAUCCGAUAUCUCACCAACAAUCGACUGACCCUUGCCAAGAUGCCAAGAAAGGAUCUGACCCUGGCUGAAAAAAUUACUGUACUGGACCAAAUUAAAAGCCAUCCACCUAACACCACCCAUCGUCAGCUCGCAGUGAUAACUGGAGUGCCAAAAUCUACAGUUGCACGCUUGAUACAACAGCAAGAUAAACUGCGAGAAGAAUGGGCAUUAUGCGAGGGACAGCAGGGAACAUCCCAAAAACGAAAGCGUGAAGGUAAGAAUCCAGAUGUUGAAAAGGCCCUCAAUCAGUGGUUUUCCGUUGUAACCGGACGAGGUGUGAGAGUCAGUGGACCAAUGUUAAAAAGCAAGUCAGAGGAGUUGGCUAAGAAGCUGGGUCACAGAGAUUUUAAAGCAACAGAUGGUUGGUUGUCCCGAUGGAAAUGUAGGCAUCACAUUCAAUUCAAGAAAAUACACGGAGAGAAAGGUGGUUCUGAUGCUGUAAGUGCAGAGGCAUGGAAAUCUACAAAACUACCAGACUUGCUUCAAAAAUUUUGUGCCGAUGAUAUCUACAAUGCUGAUGAAACUGGCCUUUUUUAUCGUGCCAUACUAUCGGGUACAAAGAAAGCAAUAGAUCGCAUAACUGUCUUGUGUUGUUCAAAUAUGUCAGGGACCGAUAAAAAGAAAUUGUUGGUUAUUGGAAAAAGCGUGAAGCCUCGGUGCUUUAAGGGACUAAGAAUGAAUAGUUUACCAAUCGAAUACUAUGCUAAUAAGAAUGCCUGGAUGACUUCUGACAUUUUUAAGAAUUGGCUGAUGAGUUGGGAUAUGGAGCUACAGCGGAAAUCAAGAAAAGUUCUUCUCCUUGUUGAUAAUUGUGCAGCGUACCCCAACGUAGAAUGUUUGAGAAACAUUCAGCUGGAAUUUCUGCCUGCCAGUAGAACAUACUUGGUACAGCCAAUGGACAUGGGGAUCAUAAAAAAAUUAAAGACACUGUAUCGCAGAAAGUUGGUGAACCACGUUCUCGAAGCAAUUGAAGAAAAUCUACUGACAUCCUCUGCAACAGCCAAGGAAGUCUGUGCAAGGGUUAAUCUUUUACAGGCAAUAGAGUUUGUCACUGAUAGUUGGCGAGAAAUAAGCAGUAAGACCAUUCAGAACUGUUUUGCUCUUUGUGGUUUCAAGCAUUCAGGCUUUGAGAUGACAGAAACGGCUGGAAGUGAAAAUGAAACGAUUUCAGCACUUCAGGUUGGGAACUACGAUGGAUUUGAAGUUAUUGACAAUCAUCUUGAAUAUUACAAUGAAAAUGAAGAUUUGGAGGAUGCAAUCGUUGAAAGUAUUGUAUCAAUAAACCAAGGUGGGAAAUAUGAAAAUGAAGACAGUGAUCAAGAUGACGCAUCGGAACCUGAGCUAGUGACUACACAGGAUGCCAGGAAGUUCAUUGUCGGAUUACAACGCUAUUUCAUGCAGGAAGGCAAUGAAGGCAGUCCACUAUCUGCACUAAGUGUUUGUGCUGAUUUUGUUCAUUUACAGUCAAUCAGAAGAAAACGGUUGCGUGCACUGGACGAAUUCCUCCGUCGAUAACUCUUAGGAACUAAUACAGUUUUAUUGUACUGGA